CACAAUAGAGCCCGUCAGGAAACCACAGGCAGCCACAUUGCUCUCUUGAGUCACCAAGUACUUUCAGACACGCUCUCACACUCAUCAGUCUCUCGCACACACUCACACACUUUACAGCCUGGCAGCCAGCUCAGCCAGCACGCUCCAGGAUGACAUUGUACUGAGACACUUGCAUUCAUCGCAUCAGUUUCUUUUUAAAUCUCACUUGCAACCAUGCCCAUUCUAAAGAAGCUCCCAGGGAGGUCCAAGAGCUGCCACGAAUUCCCGAGAGCAAACGGAGAACUGAUCCUGCCCCGGGUGGACCUCAGGGACUUGAAUGAGCUCAACGAUCUGAAGGAUCUGAAUGACCUGAAGGAUUUGAACAAGAAUCUGAAUCCCUUUGAGGAUGUGGACCUGGAUGAGGGUGAGAAGAACGAAGGCGAAAUAGGGCUCAUCAUGGGGAAGUUCAAAGGUAAUCACCAGUUCAGGACCUCUCGUGACGGAGAGGAGGAGGAAAAUGAGGUGAAUGCAGAGAAGCACGGUGCUGGGAACCCUAAAGGGAGACCCCUGAGAGGGACCCUGGAGCGGAUCUGUGGAGUGUCACCCAUCAAAACCCUUGGAAAACUGGGGAAGGGGCUUCGCAUCUCAGGACGCAGCAUGUGGGGAGGCAGCUACCCCCACUACAGCCCCGGAGACUCAAAAACACUCCCCACAGAGAGGGAGAAAAAGAAAAGGCUACGCAGUGGAUCAGAGGGAAUUAUGACCCUGCUUCGCAUUACAGGUCGACGUAAGGAGGAGCGCAGGGAAAGUCUACCCUGUGGGGACCUGAGCGCAGUCAGUGAGGCGGAGGCCUCCAGACGGUCGUCCUUCCUCAGGAUGGUCAGUUUGGGCAAGCUGAAGAGGGAUUCCCUGUCAGACAAGGCCUCCCAAGAGACUGAUGAGGAAACAGAUGAGGAGGAGCCGGUGGUGAAAAAAAGAGAGCCUCUCUCAGUGCUGGAGAUCCUACAUCUGGUCAACCACAGGGACCUUCUCCUGGCAGACACACACAUUCAGGAGUUGGAGCGAGAGUGUGAGCUGCUGUCACACCUGCCAACCCCUGCUUCUCCAACCCUCACUCCCACACUCCCAAGUACUCCACCUGGCACGAUGCCCUUUUCAUCCGCAUCCUUUGAUGACGCUCUCAGCACCAAUGCAACACUGGACUCAGGCCGACGGAAGGCAAAGGAUGUGGAGCUCCUGUAUGAGGCCCUACAGAAGGAAAUGUGGGAUGUAGUGCGAGAGUCCCUUCGGCAGCCCAGUGCUGGUCCCAACCUUGGGCUUGUGGUGCUGGUGAUCCAACAGGAGGAGCAUACUGAUGCCGCUUGGGCCCUGAGAGAGGCAACCAAGCCAUCAGAAGAAGACCCACACGUCCAGCCCAGCCAGCGUCCCCGGCGUCUGAAGAUUAAGUGGAGACAGGCUGUGGCAGAGGCUGCAGACUGGAGCCUGCCUCAUCAGGUGGAUACCCAGGCAGGACAACUAGCCUCAUACCUGGAGCGCCUGAGGAGCCGCAUGGUGGAUGAUCUGGAUGCAGCAAGGAGGAAUGCUGUGUCCAUUUACCCAGAGGAGUUUUCUGCCUUCCAGGUGUACUUGGAAAGUUAUCAUCGAGCUGUGGCCAAACGUCUUCAGACUAUUACCAGUGGCCCGCUGCAGAUUACAGAUGUCUAUUCACUGCUGGACUGGUUCUACAACAUCUACAACAGGGAUGUCCUGGGAACCAUUGGCACAACCACACCUAUCAACUAUGCCCCUCUGGAACCUAUUCUCCUUCAAGACACUGUGGACAGGCUGGAACAGGACUGCAUCAGUAUUGUCAGUGAUAAGGUGACAACAGAGCUCAUUCAGGUUCUAGAUGACGAAGAGAGGCGAUGGGCUCAGACUCUGCACAUAGAGGAAUAUCAGUCACACCUGGCACGCUCUGUCAUCCAGAGGCUAAAAGUGGAUUUGGACAAAUCAACAUCUGUGAACCAGUUUCUAGGUGCGAGAGUGGCUCGCUGUUGUGUGACUGGAUUGGCUGAAUUUCUCUACAAUUUCCAAAGGAAGGUGGAGAUGUUUCAUGAGACUCAGGCAGAAUUUGGAGACCGAGGGGACGGAUAUGUUUCCAGGACCAUAGCUCUGGUCAACUGCUGCCCUCCUCUCAGAUCCUUUGUGGAGCGCUGCAGGCAGUGUGACCCACAGGGAAGCGAGGAGUCAGCACAGAGAGCCAACUCCUCUUUGGACAGGAUCAUCAACCAGUCAGUGAGGGUGCUGACUGACAGACUGUUUGAGCACAUCAGACCUUUCUUUGACAAACUAAUAAAAAGAAAAUGGUUGAAUAACACCGAGGCCUUUGAGGCCAUUGAAAGCAGCAUUAAACAGCACUUCAAGAAAUUCAGACGAAUGGACUUUCCACCAUACCAGACGUUGGUGGGUGAGGUGCACCGACGGGUGCUGGUCGAGUAUGUGCGAGCCAUCAUGCGGGGACGGGUCAUCUGCACAUCUUCCAAGAUGAGGAAGAGGAUGGCCUUCCGCCUGCAAGAUGAGGCCAAACAGCUGAAAGGACUCUUUAGAGAUCUGGAAUCAAACUCAUCCUGGUUAGACAGCAUCAUUUGCCACCUUGCUGACAUCAUUCUGCUGGAGGACACUCCCUCCAUUCAGAUGGAGGUUGCUGUGUUGGUGAAAGAGUUCCCAGAUAUACGGAAGAAGCACAUCUCCACCCUUCUGAAUGUACGAGGGAUGAUGCGGCAGGCGGAGCGUCAGGAGAUCCUCAACAUUGUCAAAGACUUUGAAUGCAGAAGUGCCCUCAUGUGCCGGGACCACGCACUGUUUUCUGACAUCCCUCUCGCCUCAGAGGUGCACUGCAUCAACCUGGGCCUCCUCCGCCUUGCCAUGACCAUCUCCAACUGGUUCUCAGAGCACCGCCCAAGGCGAAACCGCAGGACCGCGAGUGCCAGGAAUGCAGUGCCUCAGCCAGUCGAGAAUGUAGAGGACAUGAAUAAAUUUCACAGAGACGACUAGUUGAUGGUGUCUGUGGUAGGAGAGCAGUCACACGUUGUGCUGUGACGACACUGAUGAGAUGUACAUGCACCUUGACCUAAAACUGUACCAAAUAUUGUACCCAUGCCAUUUAAGGAAACGUGACCUCAGGUACUGCUCGUACUGUACACGCUCACUUACUCACUUUUCACAUUUCUCCAUUUUUUUUAAAUAUGACACAGACUGCAUCUUGUGAUAGCUCAUUUUGAUCUAAACAGAUAGAGGAAAGUAUUCUUAAAAUGAAACUUUUCGGUCUUUUUUCAUUCCUGCAGAAACAACUGCUAGCAAAUGCAAUGCAAUAUGAUCUAAGAUGAGUGUUUAACAUGUAUUUCAAUCAAUAGGGACUAGUAAAUAAAAAUGAAUUUAUUACAGAUUGAUAUGAAUAAUGUGCUCAUAGUCUUUGAAGAUUCUGUUUUGGACACAAUGGGGGAAGAUAUCAAACCUGAGCGCGUCUGCUUAAAGGGAAAUCCCCUGAUGCGAUGAGAAUCAGGUUGAAGAAUGAUAAAUCAGAUAAGAUUUGAUGGCGAUGGGAAGGAGGGUGCGUACAAGGAAAGCAAAGGAAAUAAAGCGGAAAGCAACAACAUAUUUGAAAAGACUAUCCAGUACAUUUGUACUGGAUAGCUUAGAAGAGAUGAAAACAGUAAGUAUGAAGCAUGCAACAGAGUAGUCUUCCUGACUGAGCUCACCCUAGAACUUCAUUUACCCAACCAUAUAUAUAUUUGAAUACCCACUCUCUGGUAUAUAGUUCAUACUUAUGUGAGGCAAUAGUGUAUGUAAAUGUAAAUGUGUUGAACUUUGACUGUGAAUGAAGUGGAUCUGUCGCUGGAAACGUAAUAAAAACCCAUUGACUGGGUCGAUUAAACGGA